CCGGAAGCAAGGGCCCGCGCCCGCCGCGUUCCGCUGCCCUCUCUCCUCCGGCUCCCGGGCCUUCGUCUCUGAGGGAGGGCGGGAUGGAGGAGAAGGUGGACUCCGCCGCCGCUACAGACGGCUCGUGCGUGGUGUCGGCACAGGAGAUCGAAAAGUGGAUGGCGGAGGCCAUGCGAAUGGCCAAAGAAGCCCUUGAAAACACUGAAGUUCCUGUUGGCUGCCUUAUGGUCUACAACAAUGAAGUUGUGGGGAAGGGAAGAAAUGAGGUGAACCAAACAAAAAACGCUACUCGGCAUGCUGAAAUGGUGGCCAUUGAUCAGGUCCUGGACUGGUGCCGUCGACACAGCCACAGUCCUGCCGAAGUGUUUGAACACACCGUGCUGUACGUCACCGUGGAGCCGUGUAUCAUGUGUGCCGCUGCCCUCCGCCUCAUGAAAAUCCCGCUGGUUGUCUAUGGCUGCCAGAAUGAACGGUUUGGCGGUUGUGGUUCUGUCCUAAACAUUGCCUCUGCUGACCUACCCAAUACCGGGAGACCGUUUCAGUGCGUCCCCGGAUAUCGUGCUGAAGAGGCCGUGGAGCUCCUAAAGACCUUCUACAAACAAGAAAACCCAAAUGCACCCAAAUCAAAAGUUCGGAAAAAGGAUUGUCAAAAAUCUUGAUGUUCUGAUGAAAGACUGGUGCCCUUUGGAGACUUGGACAGAACUCCCGACUGAGAGCCGUUGGCCUUGCUGAUAUCAACAGUCCUUUCACUCCCUUUUGUACCUUUACAAACGGAGACAACAUCUGCCUCUUGAGAGUCCGUGAUAUGAACACUACAAGGAGCUCUUAGCAGCGUCUCUGAAAAGACAUGAUGAAGAAAGAUGUGCACAGACUUUUAAUCACUGCCCUUCUUCAUUUUGGAUUCUUUCAGCUCCCUCUCACCUGUGAAUGCCAGUGACGAAGACAACCUUCCUAGCUACACGUCCGUCUGAUGGCAGGAUUGAUGACAUUGGUGAGAGUCAGGUGUGCGGGCGACCUGUGUAUCCACGUUACACAAAGGUUGGUGAAAAACAACCACAGUACCUGAUGGAGAAAGGCAAGUUCUGUUGGAGAAUUUUUAAUUGUUUUCAAUUGUCCCUUCACUUGGUGGUUCAUUCCAACAGCCUUGGCUACAGAAAUAACAGUUGAGUGUAGGCUACAAAUCAUUUGGUGCCAUUUAAUAUUUUUCUGCUUUCUUCAGAAUAUCAAGAGUGCUGUUCUGGAUAGCUGCUUUUGUUUGCAGACAGGCAUAAAUGAAGAGUUACGGAGUCUAUUUCUUUCCCAAAGGCAUAUUCUCAACCCCAUGGCAGGCUCAGGUACUGCAUUGCUCUUGAUCUCCUGUAGGGUGUUGUAGCACACCAGGACACAGCUCCUUGUCUUCUUUGAAGCAGCAGCUCUUACAGACUCCAUUUUGGUUUUGAGCUUUCUGUUUUUUCUUCAUAAACAGCUUCCAGAAUGAGACUGGAGUGUGCCCAGGAUUAUAUAGCAUUUUGUAACUUUGGUGAGACAAACAACUUACUCCUCAAUAGACAUCAUCUUUUUAAAAAAAUUAUAUCCCUGUUCUUGUUUUUGAAGACCUCUGGGUACAUCAUUAAGUCAUUUAUUUGAGGUAUUUUGAGUUUUCAGUAUAAGCACUUAGCUAUAAACUUUAUUCUUAGAACCAUGUUAGCUAUUCCUCAAUGGCUUUUGUAAAUUGUACUUUCAUUUUCAUUUGAUUCUAGGAAUUUUAAAAUCUCACCCACAAUUUCGUAAUGAUCCACUAGUCAUUGAAAAAUGUAUUGUUCAAGUUGGGUGUGAUAGCAUACAUCUCUAUUCUCGGUGCUUAGGAGCAGGGGAUGGGGAGUUUAGGGCCAUCUUGGGCUACAUAGUUAAGUGUGAGGCCAGCCUGGAUACCUAAAACUCUUUUCUAAAAAAUAAAAAGUAAAAAAGGAGAAAAGAAAAAAAACAUGAUACAUUGUUCCAUCUUUAGCAUUUGUGUCAUGUGUAUAGUGUCACUAGUUUCUGAUUUCUAGUUUUAUUCUAAUAUGAUCAAUAAGGCAUUAAGACAUUUCUCUUCUUUUGUAUUUGUUAAGACUUGCUUCAUGGACUUGAAUGUGAUAUAUUUUAAAGAAUGUUCCUUGAGCUUCUGAGAAGAGUUUGUAUCUUGUGUUUGUUGAGUAGAAUAUUCUUUAGAUAGCUAUUGAGUCUGUCGGCUCUCUAGUGUAGUUUAACUCUGAAGUUUCUUUAUUGAAGAUAGUUUAGAUGACCUAUCUAGAUGUGAGAAUGGGAUAUGUCACCUGCUGAAUUAUUGGAUUAGUACCUUUGUGAUCUUUUAUGCUCAUUAGUGUUUAUUUUAUGAAUUUGGGAGCCCAAUGUUCAGAAUGUGUAUGCGUGAAUGUACAAUUGUUACUGCUUCCUGAUUCAUUGUUAUAGCUUCCUGAUUCAGUGGUCUUCUUCAGCUCUUUUGACAAGGUUUUGUUUGGAGUCUAUCAGAUAUGAAAAGAGCUAUCUAAGGUUGUGUGGGGCAUCUAUUUAUUUACUUAGUUGUGGGACUUCCAUCCUUUGACUUUCAGUUUAUGACUUUUUUAACCUGUGACGUAUGUUUCUUGGAGACAAUAGUUGAUUUUUUUUUCAAUCCAGUCAGUAACUCUGUGCCUUUUGAUUGCUGAGCUGAGACUAUUUGCACCUAAAACUAUGAUCAAGAAAGGCUUGCUGUUUCCUGUGGUUUUGUUGGGUGUUGUUCUGAUUGGUUGGAUUGUUGGUACUUGUCUUCCACUCCCUGUUAGUAUUAGGAGCUUUCUGGUUUGCUGUCCUGGACAUGAUGUACUCCUCCCUCUUUCCCCUGUGCACAUCUCUCAUGAAGUGUACUUUUCCUAGGUUCUCAUGAUGGACUCUGUUGUGCUUUCUCCUCUGUGUAGCAGUUCUUUAAGUAUCUUACACAAUGCAGGAAUGGUGUCCGUGAACUCCCUUGGUUUAUACUUGCCUUGAAAUGUUCCUAUUUCUCCAUAAAAUUUAGGAGGUAUCUAUGAUGAAUAUAAUAAUCUUGGCUGGUAGUAAUAAUUUCAGGGAUCAAAAUAUAUUAUUCCCUGCUUUUCUAGCUUUAAGGCUUCUGAUUAAAGAUCUUAUGUUAUUUUGAUAUGUUUGCCUUUUGCAGUGAGGUAGUGUUUUUCCUUUACAACUUUUAGUAUUGUUUUCUAAUUUACAUAAUUGAGAUUUUUUUUAACUAUAAUACCAUAGUAUAUAAUAUAUAUAAUACCAUCUCUAUUUGAGGUUCUAAAUGUCUCUUAUGUUUGGAUGUCCAUUUCUUUCUCUAAAUUAAAAAAAUGCUAUGGUUUCAUUGAAUAGAUUCUCUGUGCCUUUAGUUUUAAUCUCAGCUGUUUCUUCUAGCCUAUGGAGUCUUUAAAAAAUUUUUAUUACUCUUAAUUAUGUGCACCUAUGUGUGUAUGUGGGUAUGUGCACAUGAGUGCGGGUGCCCAAGGAGUCCAGAGGUCAGACACCCUGGAGCUAGAGUUUCAGACUCAACACCUGUGUCACACUCAGUUGUGAGCUGCCUGACAAGGAUGUUGGGAACUGAACUCGGGUCCUCUGAAAGGGCAGCAAGGGCUUUUAACCACUGAGCCAUCUCUCUAGACUUGGAUUUUUUAAAAUUAUUUAUUUUAUAUCCAUACCAAAGCCUCCCCUCCCUCUUCUCCUCCCAGUCCCUUCACCCAUCUCUCUCCCUCAAUCCACCCUUCCUCCCUAUUCACUCAGAAAGAGAUGGGACUCCCAUGGGCAUCAGCAAGCAUUAGCCUAUGAAUAUACAUGCACACACACACACACACACACACACACACACACACACACACACACAGAUAUUGGGUGUUGUGGUCAUACUCCCUUUUUUUUCCUGGAUUGAUGUUUGAAUAUAUCAUUUCUGCACAUUCAUAUUUCAUCUGGAUAUUCCUUCUUUUGCUUAGCUGAGUCUAUUGAUGAUGUUUUCCAUUUGAUUUACUGAAUUUUUAUUUAUAACAUUUCUGGUGUGUGUGUUAUUUUUUCUUUUACGAUCUCAAUUUUCUUUCUGGAUUUUUCUUUCAUGUAGCUGACUUUUCCAUUCAUGUUGUUGACUUUCUUAACCAUUUUGCCUUUUUCCCUGUGUUGCUAAGUUUUCCUCUGAAAGUCUAGGUUUGAAUUCCUCUGAUUGUCUGUGUCUUCUCUGAGAUCAUUGGUCCAAGUGCAAAAGCAAUUGGCAGCAAGAUGGGGCAGAAAUUAAUGAAAUGGGAGCUAAAAGAGCAGUACAUAAAAUCAAUCAAACAAAAGAGGGGCAUUUGAAAAGAUAAACAAUAUUGACGACUUCUUAUCCAAACUAACCUAUUGAAAGAGUGAGAAAAUGAAAACUGGUAAACCUGGAGAUGAGAAAAAGAUGUUGUAACAUAUUCCAGUAAAACGUAAAGGAUCCCUGAAAAAUGAUCUGAAAAAUUUUGUUUGCAAAUCUCGAAAAUCUAGAAGAAACAGAUAAAAUUCAAGAUAUAUAAGACCAAAAAAUAAAUAAAUAAAAGUAUAUAUUGCUGAAGAUAACACAUAUUCGAAUCCUAGAACAUAGAGCAAUCAAGCUGGUAUUGACCCAGAAGCUUCAUCCCUACUGGCUGGCUUUCAUAGUUCUCCAAGGUGCAAUGCAUGUGUAUUGAAGGAAAAAUAUAAUCAGAAAUCUUGCCCAGCUAUGAGCCUUCCAAGCUACAAUAAUAACUGCCUACCAAGACUUUCCAACUAACACAACAGAGGCACAUAUACAAGGGAAGUAAACAAUCACUUUCGGAUUGGAUUGAAGUCCUACUCCACAAGAUGAAACCCAUACCUGGUACCAUUAUCAGGUCAAGAACACAUGGGUAAACAUGUCACAGGCUCUAGGUUGCCAAAUGAAUAUAGUAUUAAAAUGACUCACAAUGAUUUAUCAUUAUACCCAAAGAUCAAUGCAUCUCUCAGUCCUCAUCUGAGAAGCUUGCAUUUUCAAUAGAUUGUGAUUAAUACAAAGACUCACAACUGGCCAAAAUGCAGACAAUCUGCAGAAUGCUCAGCUCUAAAGGGAACUAAUACUCUGCACCUCCUCCUCCCAAGGCUCUGGGAUCAUUGUGGAAGAGGCAUUUCAAGAGCUAGAGGCAAUGGAUAAUUAUAAGGAAAUAGUGUCCUUUGGGCACAGUAGGGCAGCUCCACAUAGGAAUUCACAGUGGCUGCCAUAGUAUGCACAAAACCUAUGAAAAUCCAAGACAGAUCAAAUCCCAGCAAAAACAUGGGAGUGGGAUAGUGAAUCCUAUCUAUACUCAUGGAGCUAUUGGCAAUUGCUGGCUUCUGGAAGAAGGAGAGACAUUUUUCUCUAAGUGUGUGGUCCUUGGGAAGUAGCUAUGCUCCAAUAGUUUGGGCAGUCCUGAUGGGUGAAGACUUUAUAAAAGGACACAAAGUUAUAUGGACUGAAAAGAAGGGGUCAAUCUGGAAAGAGAUGGGGGAGUGAAUGUUAUCAAACACAUUGUAUGAAACUGUCAAAUAACCAAUAAACAUAAAUAUAAAUAAUUAUAAUAAUAAAUGUUUAAAAUAUUCUCAAUAAAAUACGUGAAGAUUGAAUUUAAGAACAUAUAAGAAUCAUAACCCAUGACCAAGUUAGUUUCAUCUCAGGAUUCAGAGUUAGUCCAGCAUCUGUAAACUAAUUAAUGUGACACAAAAAUAGACAUAAGGACCGAAAUCACAUGAUCAAAGAUCAGCAUUCUUUCACAAUAAAAGUCUAAGGAAACUAGGAAUAGAAGGCACACAUCUCAAUAUUGUUAAGGCUAUCCUUUAUUAAGGCUAUCCAUGCGAAGUCUAUUGCCAAUAAAGGAGAAAAACACAAUGAUCUCUAGUCCUAUACAUUUCCUAUAUAAAUAUUAUAAUUUCAUUUUCCUUCAUGGCUGAACAAAAUUCCAUUGCGUAUGUGUGCCACAUUUCUUUAUCUAUUCAUCUGUUGAUGGGCAUGUAGGCAUCUUUUAUUUCUUAGUUACUGUGAAUAAUGCGGUAUUGUGCAUCUUUCUCAUUGGGACCAUUAGCUCCCCAGUAAUGACACAGAGACGACUUAUUAAUUAUGAAAGCUCAGCCAAUAGCUAGCUCUUAUAAUUUAAAUUAACCCAUAUCUCUUAAUCUGCGUUCUUUUAUGUGGCUCGGUUACCUUUAUAAUGCCCAUGCUGCUUGCUCUGUGUCCCCUGGCAUCUCCUCCUUCUUCUUCCCAGCAUUCUCUCUGCCCCCCGAAAUCCUGCCUAGCUAUUGGCCAUUCAGCUUUUUAUUAAACCAAUCAGAGUGACAUAUCUUCACAGGGUACAAAAAGGCUACUCCACAACAGUGUGACAGUGAGCGUGGGUGCAUAUUUAUUUCUGUGGUACGUUGGCUGCAUCCUUUGAGUGUAAGAGGAGUGGGUAGUGAGGUCAUGGGCUUGCACCAGUUUAUGUGUCUACCUGUAGUGAAUAGAGAUUCCUUCUUCCCCACAUCUUGAUCAGCAUUUGUUGCCAUUGAUUUUUGUUUUUGUUUUGUCUGUUCUUGUUUUGUUUUGUUUUGCAUGACUAUACUGACCAGGGUGAUGUAAUUUCACAGUAGUUAUUGUUUGCGUUUCUCUGAUGGCUGAGGAUGUUGAACACUUAGGCAAGCUUAUUGACCAUUUGUAUUUCUUCUUUGGAGAACUGCCAAGUCUGUUCAUUAGUCCAUUUGAAAGACUUGUUUUAUGGUAUUUCAUUCUGCAACUCAUCUUCUAGUCUAGAUAUUAACCCCCCACACACACAGUCUUGUUCUAGUUGGCAACAAAUUUUUCUCAUUCUGUAGAUCAUCUCUUAACUUAGAUGAAUUGUUCCUUUUCUGUGCGAACGCUUUUUAAUUUCGUGUAAUGUCAUUUGUCAAUUAUUAGAAAUUGCUUCCUGUGUGAUGAGAGUCUUUUUCAGGAAGCCUCCGACUAUGCCUAUGUCUUCAAGUAUUUUCCCCUAUGUUGUACUGUAAUGUUUCAGGCUGUCAGGUCUUACAUUAAGGUUUUUUGAUCCAUUUUGAAUUGAUUUUUGUGCAGGGCUACAGAGAAGGAUCUAACUUCAUUCUUCUUCAUGUGGAUAUCUGUUUUUCUAACACUGUUUGCUGAAAAGGCUUUUUUUGUGUGUGCCCAAUGUAUAUUUUUGAUAUCUUUGUCAAAAUUAGGUGCUUUUAGCCGGGGUGUGUUUUGGAGUCCUCUCUUCUCUUUCACUGAUCCGAAAGUCUGUUUUGUGUUGAUGUCAUGAGGUUUUUGUAACUAUGGCCUUUAGUAGAAUUUGAGAUCAGGUGUUGUAAUGCAUACAACAUUGCUCUUACUGCUUAGAAUCGUUCUGACUGUUCAGGGUUUUCUGUGUUUCCAUAUGAAUUUUAAGAUUGUUCCCAGAUCUGUGAAAAAUGUAAUAGUAAUUUUGAUGUUAAAUGUGUUGAUUUUACAGAUACCUUUAGUAAUAUCUGUUUUUAUAAUUCUGCCAAUCCAUGAGCAUAAUUGUUCUCUCUGUCUUCUAGAAUCUUCAUCAAAUGUUUCUUCAAUCUCCAAGUUUUUAUCAUAGAAGUCUUUCACCUCUUUGGUUAUAUUUACUCUUAGGUAUUUCUAAAGCUAUCAUAUGUGAAACUUAUUUUUCCUGGUUUCUUUCUCACCAAGAGUAUUAUUGGUUUGUAGAAAGGCUACUAAUUUUUGUAUGUUGGCAUACUUGUGUACUUAUUUUAGUUUACAUUCUGCAUAUAAAAGAAAACAUGAUAUCUGUACUUCUGAGUCAUAUAUAUUUAUAUGUAUCUGUUACAUGAGUGUAUGCAUGGGUCACAAAAGUAAAAAGGGGACCAUAAGAAGAGAGAAAGAGAAUUCAAGGAGAGAAUAGCAGCUGGGGAUAUCGCUCAGUUGGUAAGAAAGAGAUGCUUAUCUUGGAAGCAUAAGGCCUGCAUUUGGAUCCCCAGCAACCAUUUAAAAGGCUAGCAUGGAGACACAUACCUGCAAUACCAGCAAAGGAGAGGCUGAGUCAGGGCAAUCUCUGAGACAUUCUGACCAGACAGUCUUCAGUGAGAGACCCUGCCUCAGAAGUAAGGUGAGGAGUGAUCAAGGAAAACAUUCAACAUUGACCUCUGGUCUCCAAACAAGUCCUCCCAGAUACAAAUACACAUACACUCACACACCCGAGACAAAGGGAAACUGGAACAGAGGGUAACUGAAUCUGUGUGACACAAAGCAGAAGAAAGGGUUGGCUGGUGGAGACUUGGGAGGAUCGAAGGGAGGCGAGGAAGAACAGAGUAUAGCGACACAUAGGUAUGACAGUGCUGUGGUGAAGCCAGUCACACUGCACGCUAACCAAAAAACUAGGAAAAAGUAACAAAAAGGAAAAAGUAAUAUCCUUAGCUUCUCCUAGGGUUUGAAUAUCCUCCAAAAGGCCAUGUGUUGUCCCUAACUCACGUAGUCAUAUGUAGACAGCAUUUGGAGAUGGGGCUACUGGGAGGAAUUAAGAUUAGAGAUGAUAGGGUGGGACCCCAAUGUAGCACUGGUGGCUUUACUUGAAGAAGAUAACCUGAGCUAACGGGAUUUCACUUUCACUGAACCUGGUUGGUAGAGUAAGGCGCAGCACCAAAGCCCCGCACAAACACAAUGCAAAUGCCAACACAAUGGUCUCGAAUCUCCAGUCUCCAGAACCAUGAUCUCAAUACUAUUCUUCAUCAAUUACUGUAUUUCAGGUGUUUCACUAUAGAAACAGAAAAUGGACUGUUUCUAAGUUACUUUUAUUUUUCAUCCACAGAGAACUGCAUAUACUUUUUGUUUUAAUGAAAACUACUUUUUAUGAGGAGAAACCAUAGAAAUACAACACACACAUUAACAAGAACAACGAAAAGCCCAGUAUGGUCAGUGACAUUGUAUGAUAAAAAGAAAUUCCUAGUAGCAAACAAACAACUCUUCGAGGAGGGGAAGUUGAGAGUGCUGACGCGGGGUGUCGAGUUUUGGAAGGACAUGGGAAAGAAUCAGUAUUGACAGGAAAGAUUUGCUGAGUGUCUAAAUAAAGCCGUAGUUGAAGUGAGCAUUAGUUAAAAAGUGUUCAUAGCCUCAGAACUGUAUUGAAGUAAAACUGAGAUUGAGAUGGUCCCCAAGUGCUUAACAGCCCUCGAAUGAAAGUGAGGAGCCAGUACUGGGGGCACUGUCUGGGGAUGGAUGCUCAGGGAACACUGUGCACAUGUAACCCCAACAGCUCCUUGGAUUUUACUGAGGACAGGUGCGUUUUCAUUUGUGUGUGACAAUCUUGAGCAGCGCAGUCUUAGCAGCUAUGGCCUCGUUAAUGAAUAACCCUUGCCAAUCUUGAUAACAUGUGACACACCGUUUCUUCAAAUCAGAUGGGCAAGAUAAAGGCACUUCUUGUUAAAUCAGGGAUGCCUUUAACCUCAGUUGUGGUAAUAAGUUUUUGACAGUUUGCCAAGUCAUGGAGCCUUGUAAAUCAACCUGGAAGCCCGUCUAUUGCAUACUUCUUUUUGAGCUGUAUGUUUUCUGGUUGUUUCUGUGGUUUCUUUAGGUCUGUGGUGGUAUCCAUGAGAAUGGCCUCCAUAGGCUCAUGUCUUUGAAUGCACGGUCACCAGGGAGUGCAACUCUUUGAAAGGAUUUUAAGGAUUUAGGAGGCAUGGCCUUGUUGGAGUAGGGUGGCAUCAUUGAGGAAGUGUGUCACUGCCGACUGGGUUUGGGGGUUUCAGAAGCCCAGGUAUGGCCUCAGUCUCUGCCUGCAGCCUAGAUAUCAGGAUGUAACGUUCUCAGCGAUUGCUCCAGCACCAUGCCUGUCGGCUUUCUGCUGUGAUGAUCAUGGCUGACCUCUGAAACUGUAAGCAAGCCCUCAAUGAAAUGCUUUCUUUCACAAGCGUUGCCUUUGACUCGGUCGUGGGGUCUCUUCACAGCAAUCAAAGAGUAACUAAGGCUAGCUCUGGCCGGUGGCUCCCAGCCCGUAGGAACGUUGAUUCCCUUUACUUCUUUGUACUCUCAGUCCCUUCAGAGCUGGAAAACUCUUCAAACAAGCUUUCAAAGGUUAUUAAACAGGAAUCAGAGACUUAGUGUGAACAUCGGCAGGGAUUGCUGUAGUCUCUCAUGUGGAGUGGGAGCCGUGUGUGUGUGUGUGUGUGUGUGUGUAAAACUGGUACCUUUUGUGCUAGCUGCCUGAUGUCUAGCUGCAUUGUGUACAGCUGUAGGGGGGUUUGGGAUAGCAUACUUUAAACCAGAGGAUGAAUACAAAUAGGAUGACCUUAUUGUCACUUGCCCUGGGGAUCCCAAUACACUGCGAGUAUAGUGAGGGGCAAUGGCCUCUGUUUUUUUCCUAAGUAACUGAGCAGUGGGAAAUUUGUGGUUGGGUCUUGGGGGGAGGUGUGACCAUGAAACUGACUUGCUUGGGUGACUCUGGAUUGGGAGGAUUUAGCAAAAGAAAGAUAACUUCCCCUCCUGGUUCUACUGUGACCUCAAAAAGAAUUGUCUACUUACUUGAGUUUUCUUCUUGCUAUUUUGAAUAAUUUGUAAGGUUUGCAACAGAGACUAAUAGUUCUCUAGUUUAGCAAAGUAGCGUGACACAUGCCUUAAUUUCAGCACUUGGGAGGCAGAAGCAGGCAAGUUUCUGUGAUCUGGAAGCCUGCUUGGUCUCCAUCGUGAGUUCUAGGCCAGCCAGGGCUACCUGGUGAGACCCUGUCUCAAAAUAACAAUAAACGAAAACCCAUAUUCUUCUAGUUUAACUCCCUGAGCUGUGAGUUUCUAUUUAAGACACUUUAAAAUGCAGAAUCUGUGAUAGAUGGCCAACUGGUAGAUGCCAGAUCUAGUGUGCUCCAAGAUCAGAUGUCAGGACAAGAGCGGCAAUGCAAAUUACCUGGACCUUUCUCAUCAGUCCCCAUGUGACAGAGCAAGACAAGUCAAAUUCUUGAUAAGCACCACCUUUCUGGCCCCAUGAUCAUCGUCUAGCUAUGAGACAACAGAAGUUGGGGGUGGGGUCCUCUGCUGCAGCUCAGAACCCCUCCAGACUGACCUUUGAAGAGAAUAAUUGCAGUGCAGUCUUGGCCAGUCAGGCUCUGGUUGACUUGUGCUGUCAGGGUCUCACAGACCUCCUCCUGGUCCAAACACAUUAAAUCCAACCCCAUUCAGCACACUCUCUGCCCCUUUAGACUCAGCCAUCUGCACGUCGAGGUGUGAAGGGAUAGUUAGUACAUCGUCAAAAUCUCCAACAGAUUUUGUUGUUAACAAAACUGACAAAUCCAUGCAUUUUAAAGGGAAGAAGGGUGGGGUGGGCAAGCACACAUUUUACUUUCAACAUUUCAUCAGAAAUGAGUGAGACACAGACUGGAGAUAAAAAUCUUGGCUGUGAAAUAAUGACUUAGUACCCAAGUUUCUGUUCUGUCACAGGGAUGGAAAAGGAGGGCUGUUUCUUACCAGAGUUCCAGGGCCUCUCAGUACGGCUGGAUUGGAACAAAAAUUGAGAUUCCCCUGUCUCCUUUUCAGAUCGUCUGCAGCACACACACCAGACGUGGUAUUUCAGGAGAGCCACCGAGAAUGUUGUAUGCCAUAUGGAGAAUGCAUUGCAUCUUAAACUUGGCCAUCAUUCGUGACCACACACAUGCUUAGGAAAUGGAAUAUACAUACACGAUUUGGAUAGUCAUGGUACAGCAUUAUGCUUGGGGAAAUAAAAUAAAAGGCAGUAGAAUUAAGGGAAGACCCCCAAAUUCUCAGCUGGGUGUGUCUGUUUCAGAAAUACCAGCUACAGACCGCAUUUUGACCAGAUCUUAUCCAUUAACUAGUAUCACAGGUGUUCUGAGACCUGUGAUUCCCAGCAGGAUUUAAUUUAUACCACUUUUAAAGUUUAUUCCAUCCAAGUUCCUGUCUUGCUUUCCUAUUAAAUACAUCAAUAAAGUUCAAAUACCUCACUAUGAAUUAUAAGGCUCCCUAUUACCAGGUUAUUCUACCACUCUAGACCCCCCUUUCUAAUAUUUCUCCCCUGAAUCAUCACUAUUUUCUUUCUUUCCUUCCUUCCUUUGUGCUUUCUUUCAUUCAUUCUUUUUUGUACACAAAGGACAUAUUUAUUGUCAGGUGCACUUCACGUUUAAACAGCUUUAUAAGAAAGGUUACAACAGAAAAAUUUUUGUUGUCUUUUUUUUUUUUACUUUUGAGAUUAUAAGUCCAACAUUUCUCCCUUCCAUUUUCUCCUGACAAGCCUUCCAUAUACCUCUCUCCACUCUCCUUCUAAUUCAUGGCCCUUUGUUUGUUUGAUUUUUUUUACAUGAAUUGUUAUUGUAUGCAUAGAUGUAUAUACACAUGUACUCAUAAAUAUAACCGACUCAGUCUGUAUGAUGUUACCUGUAUGUAUGUUUUUAGGACUGACCAUUUGGCACUGGACAACCAGUUGGUGUGCUCUUUCCUGGGGAAGAGCACCUCUUCCAUUCCCAGCCUUCUUCAGUUGUCUAUAGUUGGUUGUGUUACUCUCUGUCCCUAGUAUGUGUCAAUAUCAGCCCCUCAGGGCCUUUGCAUUUCCUCUUCCUUCUGCAUGGAAUGUGCCCCUCCCACUCCAAGACGGGCUGCUUCUCGUUCUUUAGGACUCCUCUGUUUGCGGUCACAACUCCCAAGAGGUCUUCUCCAAUUCUCCAUUGUGUCUUAUCUCUCCCAUUGCCUCACCACAUGGGUUUUCCGUUUCUUUUUUCCAAUCACUUCUGGGUCGUUUGACAGCCCAGCAAAUUGUUUUUUCCUCUCCUCAGCAAACAUGCAAACCUCAUGGCUACAGAGAUAUGGUUGGUACUACUCAAGACCCCAUACCAGCUAGGUUCACAUCUGUAGACCCAAGGGCUACUUAGGUGUGGGCCACAAGUCCCAGUGUAUGUCUUGAGAGUCAGAUCAACAGAACAACUAAACUACAAAAAUGUUCUGCUGAACAAGGGUCUCCCACCAAGUCAUGAAUCUGCUUCCUCUGGAUCGCUUGUUUUCUGAAAAGAUGAGAUAGCAAAAUCAUUUUAAUCUCACAGAAUUUUCUAUAUCAACUCAUUUUCUCAGUCCCUCUGCUCAGUCCUUUGGGUCCCACCCUCAGCCUGAUUCAAAUCUCACAUGCCCUAGGAAGCCCCUCAACAGCUCUCUCCUCCCUGCUUCCCUGGACUCUUCUUCUAGCUGCCUUCCACACCAGUAAGCAUUCAGAUUCAUCCCAGUUUAUGAACUCACAUCUGCAAUAUCUUUCCCAAGAAAAGAUAGUUCUUCCUUUUUUUUAGUGUGUUGAUAGGGAGAGUGUGGCAGGUAAGUAUGUGUUUCUGGGUAUUUAAGAAUAAAAUUUUAUGAGUUUAUUUUCCUUUAACUUUUUUCUCACUUUAUUAACUGAUAUGGGAAGUCACCCAGGUCUUCCAUGAAAUAUGCUUGCCAUCAUAUUUAGGGAGGAAAGCAAUGAAGUCAUAUCUGUCCGUGGCCUCAAGUCUAAAAUACCCAAUGAAUAUGCCCACUCAGAAUGGUCUGUUGCUACAGUAGAUGACACUCAGUUCCAUGGCUCUGCAUGAAGUCCCAUGCUACUGUGAACUCCAGGGUUGGAUGAACAUCCUGGUGUUCUCUACCAGUCUGCUACCCUAGCAUGAAUCUGCAGAGCCAUGUUUCAACACAGUAGCCAGUUGACAACAAGAGUUUGUCAUCCCAUCCUUUCUCCUGUCUCAGCAGGAGCAAAACUUAACAGCCCCCAAAACUUUGACAAGAUAUCUAUGGACAGACGGAAGGUGUUUGGCCUUUAUCGUGGUGUUGAGGUAUUGCAGUGGUUGGGCCAGCCCAGCCAGGAUGCUCAGUGCCCCAAACUAGGUGACAAGAGCUGCCUGUAUUCCUGCUGUUUCCAUGGAGGCCAAACGUUUGUGUGGGUUCAGUAAUCCCCAGCAGCAGCUCACACUGAGGUGCAGUCUCCCUCACUUGGUGCCAGGAGAAUGCACCCAGUGAACUCUCAGAGCAUGCUGCUCCCCAGCUCCUCAUGCUCUGAACCUGGAGGUUUCACAAUCAGCCUGACUCGGUGACCCAUGCUACUUGAUUACAUAAUUAAACAGGGAUUUAUAGUCUGCUGUGUCCACACUUGUGGGGUGCUGAGCUGUACAACACAGGAAAGGAGAUGGAGUAGAGGCCAGUGAAACCCUCUAAGUCAGUGGUUCUCAACCUUUCUAAUGCUGAGACCCUUUAAUAAAAUUCCUCGUGUGCGACCCCCCAACCAUAAAAUUAUAUUUGUUGCUACUUCAUAACUAUCAUUUUGCUACAGUUAUGAAUCAUAAAUAUCUGUUUUCUGUUGGUUUUAGGUGACCUCCCCGUGAAAAGGUCGUUAGAUCACCCAAAGGGUCUCGACCCACAGGUUGAGAACUGCUGCUCUAGAUUGUCAUUUCCUCCCUGCUGCCCUCACAUCUGUCUCAGUACUUCUCUGCCUUUUCCUCAUGGCGUUUCCAUAGCUCGUGGAGGAAACAUGAA